AUGAAACGCAAUUUCGUCAUAGUAUUCGGGCUUGUGUUGUGCACAGGUGCAUUGGAUAUAUCUUUAGCACAGGAUACCUACACGGAUGCCUUGCAAAACUCCCACAACACAGACUACGACGGUGUUGGUGGGGGCUAUCAAUAUAACCCGCCACCAGAUAAUAGCUACUUGCCUCCAGCGCCAACACCGCCGGUUCCAGUAUACGGUCCUCCGCCGGUACCUUUUUACAACUCGCCGCCGCCAGUAUUUUAUAAACCAGCUCAUCCAAUACCAUAUCAAGCACACGAUUCGAUCUUAGCGAAACUUAAAUCUAAAAUAAGUCUAUUAACUCUUGGCAAAAUAGUUUUGAAACUCUUAAUAUUUAAGAAGAUAGUUAAAUUCAUCGGCAUCAUUUGCUUGUUGCUAGUUCUACCUAAGCUGAAGCAUAUGUUCAGCGAUAAUAUGUCCAUGGAAGACGAGGGAAUCAACAGCAAGCACGUGGAAACUGAUAAGGAAAAACUCCAAAAACACAUUGAUAAUGUUUACGAUUUUAUAAUGAGCUCCAUUCAUGAAUUUGAAGAAGAAAAUCGAUAA